UCCCCCCAACAACCAGCCCUGGCAACAGCCUCUCCCUGGCAACCCCCCUGGCAACUGCCUCUCCCUCAUAACCACCAUUCCUCUCUGCAACCACACCAGUCAACUGCUUCUCCCUAGCUACCAACCCCAGCAACCACUUUGGACAACUAAAUCUCCCUGGUAACCACCUCUGGCAUCUGCCCUUGGCAACUGCAUCCCCCUGGCAACUGAGUACAGAGUCACAGGACCAAUGCUCUGGAACUGCUUCGAAUGAAGCCAGUCAGGAGUCACCAGGAGUUGAAGGCUGCAGUCCUGCCCUGUGAGGGGACCGGAGCUCUGUAUGGGGACCCCCCCACUCAGCUGUCACUCUCCUGGCUGUGGAGGGACCCACGGGGCCAGGAGCUGCUGAGCCUGAACGUGACCCUGGGGGAGCCGCCCCCCCACACCAGGAUGGGCAUCGGGGCCCAGGGGUCACUGGUGCUGCCCAACGUCUCCACCUCGGACGCAGGCGUCUACAGCUGCCAGUGGGACGGGGACAGCGGGGGGAACGUGCUGCUCAACGUGCCAGGGAGCCGGGAGCGCUACAUCUCUGGGACCCAGGGGGGGCAGGUCGUGCUCCCCUGCGCCGCGGGAAAUGCCACUGCUGUGGACUGGUUCAGGGAUGCAAACAAUGGGACCCACCGGUUUGACCGCGCUGGCCCUCGGCAUCGGCCCAACGGCAGCACCCUGCUCAUUGAGAGGCUGGAAUCAGGGGACGCCGGGCAGUACCGGUGCCAGGCCGGGAGCCAGAACUGGACUGUGCACCUGCACCUGGGAGGGGAGCCGUCAUUCUCGGUGCUGGCGGGGGACACGGCCCGGCUCCCCUGCAAUGGCUCCAUGCCGGGCGCCUGGGUCCAAGGCUCCCUGGCCUGGAAGCGGCUGGGCCCGGGCGUCUCGUGGCAGCAGCUGGUGGAGCUGGUAGCUCGGCGCUAUGGAGCCUACAAGUUCCAGCUCACCCUGGACACCGGGGCAGCCCUGGUGCUGCCGGCAGUGACACUCGACCAGGCCGGGACCUACCGCUGUGUCCGGGGCAACCACAGCCACGCCGUGGAGCUGGAGGUCACGGCCCGCACAGGAGGGUGGCAGCCCUGGAUCGUGGGGGCUGCGGCACUUGGAUACGUUGCUCUUGGCCUGGCCUCCUUGUUUGGAUACUACCAGAUCCGCCGAGCCCUGCAGACCAGGAGGAGGAGGAAACGCCUGAUGGAUCCGGCCAGGAGGUUUUUCAAGGUGACUGGGAACGGGGCUCACACCCCUUACGGGCAUGUCCUGCCCCUUGCAGACAUCGCUGGUGUCGGGCAGACAAAUGCAGUGCCCUAUGAGAACAUGGUGCUGGAUGCAAGAGGGCAGGGGAGGCCACUGCCUGCAGAGGGGCCCAUCAGUACUGUCGAAUCAGAGGAUGAGGAGGAGUAUGAGCACCCAGACAGUGAGGAAGAACAAGCACCCGAGGAUGGCGAUGGCUACGAAAACACCAACGGGGACAUGAAACUGUGCAUGGGGGACAAGGAGUCCAGCGACAGCGCCUGCUACGAGAACAGUCUGGAGGAGAACAGAGCAGGAGGCAACUGGGCUUCAGACGCUGCCCACUACACAAAUGCUCGCCAGAGCCCCGGGGCCGAAGACCAGGUCUCUGAAGACAGCGAGUGUUACGAGAACACGGAGGAGGACAGCGCCCCGCUGAGCCCCGGAGCUGCGCGGCUUGUAACAGACCUGCGGAUGCUGCUGCUGGGUGCGUGUGAGGAGCCGGAGCGGGAUCGGCAGGACGGACACAGCGAGGGCUCUGCUGGCUCCCAGGCCUAUGAGGAGAUGGCCGGGGCCCUGUAUGCAGCCCCUGUUCGGCGCCUCCGGGACCGCAGCCAGGAGGAAGAUGCCGAUUCCUACGAGAACAUGGAGGGGGGGCCGGGCUGCGUCCUGCCCUCCCGGGAGGGGAGCGUGGAGCUGCGAGGAGACGCUGCUGGGCUCAGGGCCCCAGGGCCCGUCGGAGCUGAACCCCCCAGGCGGGGGGUGCCCCGGAGCCUGACUCGGGACUAGGAAACGCCGCCCCUGGGCCGAGACAGGCAGCGAGUGUAGCUGAGCCCACGAGCACAGAGCUCCCGGGAGGGCCCUGCGCCCCCAUGGAUCCGCUCCCCAUCCCGGCCUCACGUCCUGGGUCCCGCCGCCAGGGACAGCCCCAAGGCUGCGGGGGGGCUGUGGGCUCCAGACACUGUUCCCAUGGCUCUGCAAUGGCCAGCCACACCGUGCCCCCAGGGGCCUCUGGCCUGCCCCCACCCAGGCUCGGCUGCCCCACACGGGCUGCUCCAUCCAGCUGGGCCGAACCGCAUUCCCGCGGCGUCUGACGCGUGCAUGUCCGGGCUGGGGACAGGGCCCCCCCGUGUCUGUA